AUGUGUCCGAAAUGUAAUAAGCUAUCUGACUCACUUCAUUACUGUAGAGACGAUAUAUGUAGAUAUCAAACCGGCUAUAUUGGUGAUGAUCCAAUUAAAUUUGAAGUUUUAAGUGUUGAACAACAAUUGCAGCUUCUAUUUAGACGUUAUGAUUUUUAUGAAGCUGUUACACGAACAACGUUUGAUAAUGAUCCAUCAGACAUAACGGUAUCAAAAGAAUACUCAAAACGAAUAAUACGAGAGCGUUUAAUGAAUCCAAACAUUAUUAUAAUAACAUUUCAGUUUCAUUGCGACGGAAUUAAGACAAAGCUGAAUACAGUUUUAAAUGGGUAUAAUAAUAAUCAACAUCCAUCGGUUUUAAGUGUUGGAAAUUUUAAUGGUAUUAUAACAGAAUAUCCCUUAUCUUCAUUUAAAGAACGUAUGGCCGUAGUUGAUGUGGAAGCGGAAAAUGUAUUGAUUAUUGUUCGUCUACCAUGUUUUUGUGAGCAUAAUUAA